AUGUUUGCCCGCGGCAGCUCUAAGGAGCGGAAUUCCACAAGGAAGGUGACGCCACCGUCACCUUCCUACAUGUCAAGCGAACAGUUUGCUGCUUAUCUCGCAGGUCUUCGCACCAACCGUAUCAAUAGGCCAGCAGGUGCCCGCCCUCCGCCGGCUUCCAGACAUGACGCUCUUAGCUCGUCUACCAAUAUCCGGCCUUCCGCCGAUAAUCCAUCUUCAUCGACCUUGCCUACCUACCACCAGCGGACACAGUCGGACACUGUGAGUGUUCUGGCCUCCGCAAGCCGCCCUUCGAUUGUUCCCAGCGUCUCGUCAUACUCGAGCACGGCCCGCGGAAAGGACUAUUAUCCGGACCGCCCUGUGCAACCACUGAAACCGUCAGAAGUCGUCCCCAGUGCAACCUACAUGGAGCGUGGGCAAAGGUGGAUGGAGAAAGAGGAGGCAUUCUCGCUGCGCCGAGCUAUGGAAGAUAUGGACCUUAAAGAAUCGCCCCAAGAGGACAUGGAGGGCGCAGAGGAGGGCGACGAGGACAAGCGGAUUUAUGGUGCGGCGCUCGACGAGGCGGCCGAACUGGUAUGGCAGCACCAGAAUCCGGACAAGAUUCCUCAGCCUGGGGCUCCCUACCGAUAUCGGCCACACCUGCGCAAGAACAGUUAUGCCCAUGCUCGCACCGCUAGUGUCGGCAGGUAUGGUACUGACGUCACGCCCACUGGUCUUGCCCGAGGUCCUCUCUCAGGGUCGCGGUCCGGUAGUUCUACCGAGAUCGACAGCCCUGCGCAAGCUUCGGGUCGUCCGUCGUUUUCCUCCUCUCGUCAGGCAUCCAGCAUAGGGCCGGGGUGCGGUGCGGCACAAUCCGGCGCGGCCGCGGAUCGCAAUUUCAAAUCAUACGGCGAUAUCCCGAGCGAACCUCACUCCAUUUCAGGAGGGCGUUCCAGAAGCAGACAGAAAAGGACCAUGAGCAACGAGGCGCAGAAGCCCUUCUCCGGCGACCAGAUCUGGGAGGAACCAGACAACGAGUCCGACGGGGCUCGAGCUUCCGCGUCAGAUGAUGUGGUUAAUCCGCUAAAACCAAAGCCAAAGGAGCCUCUCAACCGUCUUCAGUUCACCCGUAGGGGUGCUUCUGGGUUAAAGACGGAGCCUCCCCCCCCCUCCUCACCCGAGAAGUUAGUCUCCAAAUACGAGAUACACCGCAAUCCUCCAACCCAAUCUCGAAAUCCCCUUUACACAACCAACUCUCGCGUUGCCACUCCGCCGGUUCCGCGCGAAGACGUGCCCCGAAAGCACGGCAUGGAGAUCCGCAGCGAGGAUAUCAAGCAGGCAACGAGUAUGAAGUUGAAAGACCGCAGUCCCAAGCUUCCCACGCCCUCUGCAGUCAGCGAUAGACCCGGUAGACCUAUCUCAGAAGAGUCGACUUUCGGGCGGGGAAGUGCCAAACACCCACCCUGCCUCGUCCCGGGCGGGCUCCGCAAACAGCAGCCGCAGCCGCAAACCCAAACGAUCCCUACUAUCUCUGUUUCGAACAGCCCUGCGGUCUCGCCGGCCCCGUCGCCCUCGCCGACACGCAACACACAACCCCCUGCGCCCUCUAUUAAAGUCGAUGGGCCUUCUAUCCCCGUGAUUGCGGUCAACGACUCUUCCUCGUCCGCCCCACCUGCUAUCGUGAUUGGGCCUGAUGAUGCGGAUGACGGCCCCAGCAUACCUGUAAUCGUAACACCUGACGAUAACAGCGCCAACAGGAGCGGGGGCUCUCGUCGUCCGCUCCCCACACCGCAAGCUGGAGCGCCUCGUGUCCGGCAGGCAGCGCGACCUCACGGGCCCUGGUCGUCCGCUUCGAAGCCGGCCGGUAGCCGCGCCACUGCUCGCUGUCACGAAUGCGGUGAUUUUAUCGAGGGCCGCUUUGUCUCCCUCGCCGGCACAUCGGAGCGGUUCCACCCGCAGUGCUUCACGUGUUAUACUUGCGGCACCUCUCUCGAGGCACUCGAGAUCUCUCCCGAACCAGACAACCAUCGCGAAGCGCGCCUCGACCGCAUCGCCCGCCGCGCCGCGGGUCAGAUGCUGCCCGAGGAACCCGGCCAGACGAUGGCCGAAGAUGGCGACGACCGCCUCCGCUUCUUCUGCCACCUCGACUGGCACGAGCUGUUCGCGCCGCGCUGCAAACACUGCAAGACGCCCAUCAUGGGCCAGCACGUGGUGGCGCUGGGCGCCCACUGGCACUUUGGCCACUUCUUCUGCGCCGAGUGCGGCGACCCGUUUGAGAAGGGCAUGACGCAUAUCGAAAAGGACGGCUAUGCGUGGUGCGUGUCCUGCCAGACGAAGCGCACCGAGCGCCGCGCCCCCAAGUGCCGCAAGUGCAGGGACCGCCGUCAUCGGCCAAUAACCGCGCCCCGAGAUGCGCCAACUCCUCCCCUCCCCGAGCCGGAAUCCAGCGACAAGAUCUCCAUGCAUCAUGGGCAUCGUCAUCUCCCCGUUGGUAUCCUCCGCCCCGCGCCCACCCGCGUAGAUAGAUGGGCGUAA